AUGAAGGAACCGCAACUUCUCGCCGAACGCGGUCACGGCGCGUCCUUUGCGCCGACGAACAUGCGUCCACUAGUGGCCCGCGCGGAGCUUAUUGCGCGAUCAAAUGACUCUCCCCUUUCGGCGGGAGGCAUCGCAGGUGCGGUGAUCGGUAGCGUCGUCGGCGCAAUUGUGAUUGCCUUCUGUGCAUAUCCUUUUAUCGUACGGUACAUGAGGAAGAGGCGAGGCGAUGUCCCAUUCGAUCCGGAGGAAGAGAUACAGGCCGCCCAACAAGAGGCGAUGAAUGGAUCCACAAACCCACCUGCCACGAAGCAACUGUCUAUGGAUCAAUAUGGCCGUGGACAGCCCAACUCUGAGGACAGUAAUACUGCCUCAAUGUUCAAGAAUGGCAUGGCUCAACAACCCAGCCCUGGGAGCCCGCAAAACGGGCAGUCGGCCGCUGCGAUUUGUACACCCCCUCCAGACCGACAACAACAGUCACCGAAUCUAGACUCCAUGACUGGGCCCCAGCGGGCAGCCACAAACCUCACGGCAACUACUUUUGGCACACAGAUGACGACUCCGCCACCAGAGAAGGAACGUCGAGGCUCCCAGGCUUCUACAUGGUCCGCACUAUCCAAAGCAAUGCGCUCUACCACCUCUGUGUUUCGUAGGACGAGCGAGAGGUCGAUGCCCCAGCAUUAUGCAACUCAGGAUUCUUCAUGGACACAGGCUCCAGCGGGCCAGCCCAUCUAUCAAGAGCCCCUCUCCAUGGCACCUGUGACUACGACCUACACUAGCGGAGCGGCGGCAGCAUAUUACUACCCAGAAGGAGUGCCUGUCACUCAAUUGAACACACCGAUGACGGCACAGCCAGGCAUCUCUACAUUUGCCGAUGCCCAAGCAUUCUCCCACAUCGGUACGGAAGCACAGCUAGGCCAGGACAUCUCUCAGGGUUUACAACAGCCCGGCUACUCCAACCAGAAAAACAAUUCCUUGAUGACGCCGUCACAAUCACCUGACAUGGUGAACCAAGGUUUCAAUGGAACACCUGUCUCAGGGCUCCAAAUGUUCGGCACGCCUAUACAAGGGCAAGGGAUGUCAAACUUGCCUGGUGGACCAGCAGAGGAUUUGACAUUCCCUCUGGGCAACGGGCAGUUGACGGUCAAUGAUCUUUCUCUCGUCAAUGGGACUGUCAACCCGCAAGAUCUCAAUACUUUGAACGCCGGCCUGAUGCCAGAUUGGCAGGCUGGCAUUGGUAAUUCCGGCUACCCUUCAGACUUGGGGAAGACGACCUCGGCCCAGCAUAUCUCCAACCCAUCUCAAAUGCGAAUGAAUGAUCAGCAAUUUUCGAAUAUACAGCAUCAACAAGAACCAACUAUUGACAUGCCUAUUGGCGACAUCAAAGCGAUGGAUAACUUCUUCGAAGGUGUCCCUGGAUAUCACAACUCCGAGGCCGCCAACACCGAAACAACACAGCCAAUGCAGCAAUAUCCCCCAACAACCUCAGCUGCACCCCUGCAGCCGUAUCAAUCUUCCCCUCCGCUUGCGGCUCCAUAUACUCCUGUUCUAAUCAAGUCCGAACCCGAUAUGGUUGAAAAUGUGUACCUUGAUUCUUUCGAGAACGCAUUUGAUCCUGCACCAAGUCGUCAAGGUCACAAGCGUGACUAUUCACACUCAUCGGUGUCUGUCGGGAUACCAUCAAACUUUGCAAACACGCCUAGUACACAUAUCACGGGGACAUCGUCUAGCUACAGCGGCAGCUUAUCCCCAUGUCCCCCGCCACAGCAAGGAAUGUCUCCUGGAGAAGCGUCAGGUUCCGAUGCACCAAAGCCUUUCAAGUGCGGAGACUGUGGUCGAGAAUUUGAGGAGAAGCAUAAGUUGAACCACCACGUACGAUAUCACGAACGAAAGUACCGCUGUUCGUAUACCAACUGCACAGCCACUUUCGGCACCAAGACUCAUUUGGAGCGCCACGUCAACGACAAGCAUACCAAGUCCAAGGGUUUCCACUGUAGCGUUGAAGGCUGUCCUUACUCUCGUGUCAACGGCAAAUCAUUUCCUCGCAAGGACAACUGGCGAAGGCAUAUGCAAAACAAGCACAAGCUCGAUCCAGACCACGAACCCGUCGUUGCGGCCGAGGUUAAUCAACCUAUGACGGAGUCUUGA